GGGGCAGGGGCGGCCGAGGGGCGGGCUCCCGCCGCUGCGGUCGGUAGCUUGGCUGGCUCGGCCCGCCCGCUCCGCUCGCUUCUCCUGCCGCCGCCCCUCUCCCCCCGCCGGGCAGUGCCGGCCGCGGCGGCCGCGGCCAUGUCCCUCUUCCAGUCCGCCCUGGACUUCCUGGCGGGCCCCGGCUCCCUGGGGGCCGCCAGCCGCGACCAGAACGAUUUCGUGGGUCAGACGGUGGAGAUGGGCGAUAUGAAGCUGCGCAUCAAGCGGGUGAUCGCGGAGGGUGGUUUUGCUUUUGUUUAUGAAGCUCAAGAUCUUGGAAGUGGCAAAGAUUAUGCUUUAAAGCGAUUGUUGUCUAAUGAAGAAGAAAAGAAUAAAGCCAUCAUUCAGGAAGUUUGUUUUAUGAAAAAACUUUCAGGCCAUCCCAACAUUGUCCAGUUCUGCUCAGCUGCAUCUAUAGGAAAAGAAGAAUCAGACACAGGACAGGGAGAGUUUCUUCUGCUUACAGAACUCUGUAAAGGACAGCUGGUGGAAUUCUUAAAGAAGGUAGAAUCCAAAGGACCAAUCUCCUGUGACACAGUUUUGAAGAUCUUUUAUCAGACCUGCAGGGCAGUGCAGCAUAUGCAUAAACAGAAGCCUCCCAUUAUCCAUAGAGAUUUAAAGGUGGAAAACUUGCUUAUUAGUAACCAAGGGACAAUUAAACUCUGUGACUUUGGUAGUGCUACAACUGUAGCUUAUUAUCCUGACUACAACUGGUCUGCACAGAAGAGAGCACUGGUUGAAGAAGAGAUCACAAGGAACACAACGCCAAUGUACAGGACACCAGAAAUGAUAGACUUGUAUUCAAAUUUUCCAAUUGCUGAAAAACAGGACAUUUGGGCUCUGGGCUGUAUCCUGUACUUGCUGUGCUUUAGGCAACAUCCAUUUGAAGAUGGAGCUAAACUUCGCAUAGUCAAUGGGAAAUAUGUCAUCCCACAAAAUGACACUCGCUAUUCUGUGUUUCAUGAUCUCAUUCGGUUUACGUUGAAGGUGAACCCAGAGGAGAGAUUGUCAAUCACUGAACUUGUGAAUCAACUGCAGGAGAUUGCAGCAGCUAGGAAUGUGAAUCCUAAAUCCCCCAUCACAGAGCUCCUGGAACAAAAUGGAGGCUAUGGAAACAAUGCACAGCCUCGGACAUCUGUGACCUCUCUUUCACAGAGCUCCAGGCCUGCAGGACAGCUCAACAAUAUGUACAACGCAGGCCUGACUGUGGCGGAAUGUGACCAGACUUACGGAGGGUUCUUUGAUAUUCUGAGGGGUGGAACAGAGCGAUUUUUCACUAAUAUUAAGGAUACAUCUUCUAAAGUUAUCCAGUCUGUGGCCAGUUACGCAAAAGGAGACUUGGAUAUAUCAUACAUCACUUCCAGGAUUGCUGUGAUGUCCUUUCCAGCUGAAGGUGUAGAAUCUGCCAUCAAAAAUAAUAUAGAAGAUGUGCGGUUAUGUCUGGACUCUAAGCAUCCUGGACACUAUGCUGUGUACAAUCUCUCUCCAAGAACAUACAGGCCUUCAAGAUUCCAUAACAGAGUUUCCGAAUGUGGCUGGCCAGCAAGACGAGCACCAAAUCUUCAGAAUCUUUAUAGCAUAUGCAAGAACAUGCAUUUGUGGCUGAAACAAGACCAGAAAAACGUUUGCAUUGUGCACUGCCUUGAUGGAAGAGCAGCAUCUGCUGUUGUAGUUUGUUCUUUUCUGUGUUUCUGUCGUCUCUUCACUACUGCUGAAGCUGCAGUUUAUAUGUUCAGUAUGAAACGCUGUCCUCCUGGCAUUUGGCCUUCUCAUAAAAGAUACAUUGAAUACAUGUGUGACAUGAUGGCUGAAGAACCCAUUAUUCCUCACAGCAAGCCCAUCCUGGUCAGAUCAAUCAUCAUGACCCCAGUUCCUCUUUUCAGUAAGCAGCGUAAUGGUUGCAGACCUUUUUGUGAAGUUUAUGUGGGAGAUGAGAGAGUGGCCACUACGUCCCAGGAAUAUGACAAGAUGAAGGAGUUUAAAAUUGAAGAUGGGAAAGCAGUAAUUCCACUAGGUAUAACAGUCCAGGGAGAUGUUCUCAUCGUGAUCUAUCAUGCCAGGUCAACACUAGGAGGCCGACUACAAGCAAAGAUGGCUUCAAUGAAGAUGUUUCAGAUUCAGUUCCACACAGGUUUUGUGCCCCGAAAUGCCACCACAGUGAAAUUUGCCAAGUAUGAUCUGGAUGCCUGUGACAUACAAGAAAAGUAUCCAGAUUUAUUUCAAGUCAAUCUGGAAGUGGAGGUGGAGCCCAGAGACAGACCAAGCUGUGAACAGCCACCAUGGGAUAACAUGAAUAUAAAGGGACUGAACCCCAAGAUCCUCUUCUCCACCCGAGAGGAACAACAAGAAAUUUUAUCAAAAUUUGGGAAACCAGAGCUGCCUAGACAACCAGGUUCAACUGCACAAUAUGAAGCAGAAGCAUCCCAACUGGAGCAAUCUUCAGAAAGUGCACCUACUGAGACAGAAUCCCCACAUAGCAGUAGUACUGAUGCAAAUAACUUCUUUCAUUCUCUGGACUGGAAAGAAGGAAAAAGUCUGGAAAGUGGAAUAGAGGACAGUUCAUCUAAAAAUGAUAGUGUUCAGCUCUCUGAAGACAGAGAGGAGAGUGAUCCUUCGGAUGAGGAAUUCCCUACAUUUCCAGGUGAAGAAAGUGCAGUAGUUACUGAUGAAAAAGACUCUACUACUCCAGAAGGAGAGUUGCUUUUUGAAGCCAAUUUUGAAGCUCCAUCUGCACAGUCACAAAAAUCUCUUGAUGAAGAGAAUGUAGACUUACUGGGACUAGAAUCUGAUAUUUCACCAGAACAGAAACAACCUAUCUCAGAAAUAAACUCUUCAUCAAGUAAUGCAGACUUGUUGAACAAUCUCUUUGUGGGUAAUGCAUCAAAGAUUUCAGAAGGGCCCACUGGAGAUCUUCUUGGACAAGGAACGGAUUUCUUUUUCAGCAGUCAGUGUCCAGCUGCUUCUCAGGGUACACCUUCAGCAGCAGCCACCAAGUCUUCAGCUGAUCCUUUUGACCCAUUCACAAUGUCAUCAAGCUCAGAGAAUCAAGCCAUGUCUGGUCCAGACCUCUUUGGGGACUUUCUUAAUCCAAGCUCAACAUCUACAUCUAAUACAGUUCCUUCUACUCAGAGUUCACUUCCACCUUCUUCCAGCUCAGAUUUCUUAAAUUUAGGGAAUUUGACACCAGAGCCACCUAAAGUAUCAUCUUCUACAAGCCAGCCAGAUCUCUUAGGUGGAUGGGAUGCUUGGGCAGAUACCUCAGUAACCAGCAAUGUAGCAUCACCACAGUUGAAGCCUCUUUUUGAAGGUCAAGCUUUUACCACAGGGAGCCAGUCCAGUGUGUCUUCAGGUCUGUCUUUCAGCCAGGCUAAACCUCAGAACUUUGAUCCUUUUGCUGAUCUUGCCAAUCUUGGAUCUGGUCUUCCAGGUUCCUCCAGUGGUGGACUCUCAAGCAGUGGCUUUGGUCAGAAGGCUGCUCCAUCUCAGAAGUUGGGAAAUCAGUGGCCGAAAUCCACAAAACCACAAAAUACUUCAUGGCAGUCCCAGACUAAAUCCAGUACAGCAACUAAACCAAAUUACACAGUAAAUUUCAGUGUCAUUGGAGGACGAGAAGAAAGAGGAGUCAGAACUCUAGGCUUUGGUCAAAAGCCAAAAGUUUCAGAAAAUGACUUUGAGGAUCUCUUAUCUAAUCAAGGGUUUUCAGCCAAAUCUGAUAAAAAGGGACCAAAGACUAUUGCUGAGAUGAGAAAACAAGAAAUGUCUAAAGAUAUGGACCCCUUGAAGCUCAAGAUUCUUGAAUGGAUUGAAGGAAAGGAGAGAAAUAUCAGAGCAUUAAUAUCCACUCUUCAUACAGUGCUUUGGGAAGGGGAAAGUAAGUGGAAACCAGUCAGUAUGGCAGAUCUAGUGACUCCUGAACAAGUCAAGAAGUAUUACAGGAAAGCAGUGCUUGUAGUUCAUCCAGAUAAGGCUACAGGACAACCUUAUGAGCAGUAUGCCAAAAUGAUCUUCAUGGAGUUGAAUGAUGCGUGGUCAGAGUUCGAAAACCAGGGAUCAAAGUCCCUUUUCUAAAACUUCACAUUUUUCCAAAACUACUUCCAAAAACUGGAUCUGAGCGUUGUAGUGACUUCAUUGCCCUUAUGAUUUAUGAAGCGCUCUUCCAUGGCUUCAGCACAGUCUCUAAUCAUACACUUAAAUGUGGUGAUGUAUUUUGUAAGAUAUAGAGCAAAACAUUAUGUAGAUGCAUUAAGAAAAGAGCUGCUCAGUACUUGGAGAAAUCAUAGUCUAGGAGUACAGAUUUUCAUUCAGUUUUAUGUAUGAUAAAAUAGAAUGUUAAUGAAGCUCCAUGAUUUCGGGUAUACUAGUAUUAAUUAUAAUUCUGGUUUCAUUGAUCUUUCCUUUACCUCUGCAUUCCCCAAUCUGCCUGUUAGUUUCUGUAGUUCUGUGAUUCAAUGUUGAUGUUUGGUGCCUGUCACCUUAUUCAAAGUGCUUUAGUUACCACCAGUGAAUUUGCUUGGCUUAUCUCAAACCUGAAGUUGUAUAUUUUCAUCUGGAUUUUCUGUAAUCAUUCUGAUAAUUCUGUAAAUAAUGUUUUCUGUCAAUACCUGUGUUCCUUACAAUAGUGUAACAGUUUAGCCAAAAAGACCCUGAAUGUGGGCAAGUCAGCCAGGGCUGUUCUUGAUUUUUAAUUUUUUUACAUAGCAUGAAUCGAGAAACAAAUCUGCAUGUUCCUGCUGUUUUGUUAUUUAUUAUGAACCUCUGGAAGGCAGUACUCUGACUAGUGCUUGUUUUGCUCCUUCUUUAAAUGGUGUCUUUUGCUUCAGAUUUCAGUGGAACAUUCCUUCCAUUGGACUUCAGAUACUCUGACAGAAAUAAUGUUAUUCUGAAACUUGAAGUAUAAGCACAAAACAUUUCAUUCUGCUUUGAUUUGUCUGAGUAACUACUGCAUUACUCAUCACCUGGAGAGCAUUUAAAGUGCUUUAAUAUAUUUUGCUGAAUGUCUGAACUUCUGUAUUUUUGAGAUAUAUGUGACAUCUGUGUAUGUCAAAACAUGAGUGUAUUGGUAGACUUGCAUUUCUGCUCACCUACCCUCAUGCACUGGCUAGUGCAACAUAAGAAGAGACAACCUGAUAAAAAAAACUUGCAAAGUUUUCUCAUCCCUAUCCAGAAGGCAGUUUUCCAGUACUGCUGGGAUGAAUGAAUGCAAAUGACCAAUGACUGUUAUACUCUUUGUAAAAACAAAAUGUAGUUUUCAUUGUUUUGAGUGUUGUGGUAUUAAACCUUUGGCAGCAGUCUCUUGAAACAGUACAGUUGGGCAUUCAAGGGGAUAUUUUGAUAAUCUUGCCAUUUUUAUACAUUUUGCAUGCUUAACUGAGAAAGAAGCUGUACCGUUAUCAGAGGUAAGUGUUCUGAGCUGAGCAACAACUGAACAGAAAACAUGAGAUUCUAAUGCCACCUGAACAGUGUUUGGGAUGAGUUUUUUCCUCUGCUACAUCAGCCUGAGAGCUGAUAGGUUAGAGGCUUGUGAACACAGAUUGCAAUUUAUAGUCUCUCAGCUCAGAUCUCACACAGAUACUUAGUAACCUCUGAUAAAAAGGGUUUGUGUUUAUAUUCAGAUAUAUAUUCAGCUACUGUGAUUACUUUUUUAAGAUAGAAGCCAGGAUCAGUUAUGGAAGGUUAUAUAUUAUUCAUAGGUGCCGUUGUAUUUCAGCUGCUGCUUUGAAGCAGUCUUAAAUCUCAGUAGAUUUCUUCAUUAAAACAGGUCACUUGCUGUCUGACUUAGAGUAAGAUAAUCUUUUUUUCCUUGAGACACUUUGUUAAUUCUUUGUAUGCGUGGUCUGCAUCCACAGAAAUUAAAGGUUUCUGCUGGUAGGAUGGGUUUGUUCAAGACCCAAAUGGCGUUUUAUAGUUCUAGGGCAAAUGAUGUCUAGUAAUAGAUUUAAAAAGACAUAUGGGGAUAUAUAAUGACUGUGACUGCAAUCCUAUACACAGCUUGAGAGACAAAGCAUUUCUGAGGGACCUGCUUUUAGCAAGGAAGGACUGCUUUAAAAACCCAUGUUCCUUUCAGUACAUACAGGCAAUUUAAUUUUGAGAGACAUAUUUUUAAUUGCUCUUGAAAUAUGUGUAAAAAAUUAAAACUUAAGAUUUGGAGGAAAGUAUCUUCCUCUGCUUUGUACAUUUGGUAGUGUUUUCUGGAUGAUGUCUACAUUUCUGUUUUUAUUUCCCUACUCAUGUUUGCAAAAUUUUCUUGAAAAGCAGAAAAGAACCUCAGAUGUGAUUUUAAGUGAGCAGGGAAAUACGAGUGCAAGUGUUUUAUCUAGAACUGAAGGUUUCUUGAAGUUGAUUCCUCCCUUCCUGGGAGAGGCUCAGUUUGGUAAACUCAGAUCUUUACAAUGAAACUUGUGUUUGUGUUGGUUUCCCUGCCCUUUGCAGAAGUUGCUAUAAAGCAGGGCUCAUAAAAUGAUAGGGCAGGUUUCCACUAGUUUCUGAACUAAGCUGCUUAUGUUACAUCGUUUGUCGGAACAGCACUUUGAAGAGACAGGCAAUGUAACUUUGAAAGUAGAGAUUUGAAGAAUUGAUAUUAAGAGUGCAUGUGGCUAGAACCUGCCAAAUGGAGGAGUGUGAUAUGUGUUAACCAUCUUGGAGGAAAGAAUUUGGUGUCUUUAACCUUGAGCAUGCCUGUUUGGUGUUUCCUAGUGCUGUCAGAUUUCCUUGAAAUUAACAGUAGGGAAAAGAAAGCAAAUGAACAGCUAAGCACUUAAAUUCAUAUUCAGUCAUGGGGUUAUACUUGGUCUUGUUUGUGGGCAGUGAUUCCCAGACAUCAAGCCUGGGAGGAAAAGUUUCUCUGCGUUGUCACUUGGGUAAAGUUUGGUUUGCUAAUCAAUGGUAGCUUCCUUCAGUGAGUAUGGAACAGAAAACCUACAACAGUGCUGAAUUACAUUUGCUUUGAACAGGGGCAAAGUCCUUGGCAUUGCACCUGUGAGGUUCAGUGAGAAAUGAGAAAUUCAAAAUGCCUUGUUUACCUGCAUUUUCUUGCUAGUUCUAGAAAGCUACUCCAAUAUUGUCUUGUCAAGUACAGAGCAACAGUUCCUUCCUGAAUGCAGAUUAUGUCUUUAAGCUGUAUGCACAGAAUAAAUACUUUGCACAAACCAAAGCAAGGUCUGAGCAUAACUGAAUCCUAGGCUGCCCUUUGAGACUGCUGAGCUACAUGCACCUUUCCACCUCCCAAGGCCAGACUUGGCUGUAUUUUUGCAUAGUUACUGUUGCAUUCUCUGUUGCUCACAAGAGUGUUUCAAGGGUUGCAUAAAUGUAGAAACCUUGUUGGUCCUUAGUUGUGCCCUUAAUUGUCUAAACAGUUGCAGUGUAAUGAAUGCUUUGUAAAUAAGUAAAAUUUGUCUUGUACAGUUGCCUGUGCAGUAUCAGUCAGUUGACAUUUUCUGUCAAGAACUUGCAGGUGAUUGACCUAUGAAAGCUGUAGAAGGAAUGUAUCAUUUCCCAUCCCUUCAGUCUGUCCCUGAUCUGGAGUAGCUCUAGCUACCAGAUGCUCAGUGACUAGGAGCAAAGUGUGACUUGGCUGAGCUGUGGCUCUGACCUUGAUGAAUCUUGCAAUGUUUGCUUGCUCUCUGUUUGAGUGAGCUGAUUGUAGACUGCAGUUUGGACUGCAUUAAGCUUCCAGCCUAUGCUCCAAAAGUACAAAUUCAGUAAUUUUUAUGAAGGAUACAUGUCAAUAGAAGCUUUUGUUACCAAAAGAGGAUUAAGAGACAUUGUGAGAAUUCUCAAAACUCUUUAAUGGAAUGCAAUGUAUUUUUGCAAGGUAGGCUUCUAGAAAUUGUCAUGUCUGAUAAGGACUUAGCUUGUUCUGAGGCCCUUGCUCUAUUUAUCUGUAGUCGUGACUAUACUUUCUAUACCUGUGAUUUUUCUGGUUUGGGGUUUAUGGAAGGACAGAACAGAUAAGUCCUACUUUUUUGCUAUCCUUCAGAAAAUGCAAUGUACUGAGUAAUUUCGCUACUAGUGAAAUGAAAAUUAUACCUGUAUGUAUAUAAAGGUAAUAAAGUCAAAUUAAGCCUUGUUGAAAAGUAGAUUUAAUGUUUGGCACAAUGUCCUUGAACAGAAUAUUUUGCUUUGAAAUGUAUUAUGACUCUACUGGUGAUCGAUUAAAACAAACAAAAUGAC